UUUAGGAUUACGUGUGGAGUUUUAUUUUCCUUUAAUGCAUUCUCUCACACACAAUUGAAGACGUCAAAGGAAAGGGUCGUUUUGCAUCUCGGGCCCGAAGACCAAAAGUACAGCUUCAGCAGUAGGUCAUGGUCGGUAUUUUCAUCUUCGUCUACUAAAACACCUUCUCCUUCCAUUUUUCUCGGUCCUUCCUCAUUUUUCUCUUUUGUCCUCUCCAAUUUUCCUGGGAAAAUCGAAAGGAAAUAUAGAAGCUUUUAUUUGUGAAACAGCCAGCCCUAUCCAUCAUCCACAUGAAUUCAGAUAUUGCUUUUCAAGUUCCAGCCGAGCUCGAGACAGCUUUGCAAUUGAAGACUGUCCAAUACUUAGUUACACAAAGACCAUGGCUUGAUCUUUAUGGAGUUAAUGUCCGACCUGUUGCACCAUAUGGGAGUGCGAUUAGAAGACAAAAUAAUGAUCCUGCAUUGAUACAUCGUUCCUUGCCAGAUGAGCUGCUCUUGGAGGUUUUUUUCCGAAUGAAUCCAUAUGAUUUGGGAAGGGCUGCUUGUGUGUGCCGAAAAUGGAGAUAUACUCUUCGUAAUCCUGUAUUCUGGCGUAGUGCUUGCUUAAAGGCAUGGCAGCUAUCUGGAGUGGUGGAAAACUAUAAGAUUUUGCAAUCAAAAUAUGAGAGCUCAUGGAGGAAAAUGUGGCUUUUAAGACCAAGAGUCCGUACUGAUGGUCUCUAUGUGAGUAGGAACACCUAUAUCCGUGCUGGUGUGAGAGAGUGGAAUAUCACCAAUCCAGUUCAUUUGGUUUGCUACUAUCGUUACAUAAGAUUCUUACCUUCUGGCAGGUUCCUUUAUAAAACUUCUUCUCAUACAGUGAAGGCGGUUGUGAAAUGCAUGAAUCUCCGUGCAUCUAAAGCAGAUGAUGUUUUUAGUGGCCGCUAUACAUUGACCAAUGACAAAGUACAAUUCUCAUUAAUAGUUGAAGCUGCUUUCCUCUACCCUGGACUGCGUCCUACUCUGUGGAAAGUCUGUUUAAGGUUAAGAGGAACAAUUGCGGGGGCUAACAAUCGGAUGGAUAUACUCUCACUUGUUACGAGUAAAGUGGAUAGUAAUGGGGUUAGUGAGCCUGAAGAGGACAUCAUUGGAGUGGUUGAAGAUUGGCAAGAGGAUGAGAUAUCACGCACAUCACACAAAAGGGGUCUUGCGCCUUUUGCAUUUGUUCCAUUUGAAGAGGUGGAAACAUCAGUUCUUAACCUGCCUGUGGAAAAGAUGGAUUAUUAUGUUCCUGGCUAGUGUAUGAAUCUUUUUUGUCUUAGAUGAAGUGCCUGAAUCUUCAAUUUGUACAUAUGUAUGUAUUAAUGCCUGACUGCAUGUGUGAUAUAUGGUGCAUUCCAUUUUUUUUUUGGUUUUUAGUGUUCUGCCUUCAUAUUUAUGAAUCGGAUGUGUACGUGGAGAACCUACUCAUGUAAAUUCUGUUUCAAUCAUGCAUUCACUGGCUGUGGCUGAACAAUCGGAUUUUUAUAAUAUUUUGUUAGAAACUGUUCAAAACACAA